AUGGCGACGGCAGCAGCACCCGAGACCUCUCUCCUCUCCCUUCUCUACCGGUCGUAUCCCGCCGUAAUCUCUUCCGAUUCGACCGAGCCCGACUACCUCCACGCCUCGGCCAAGAUCUUUCCUCAAGUCACCUUCAAUGAAGCAGAGGAAGCCGACAUCAAGCAAUGGCUCAACACCGUCUCCGGCCUGAAGACCUCUCUCGCCAAUGACCAAAAGGACGUCACCACCGGAAUCCUCCUCCAGCUGAACAUCCACCUCGCCACCCGCACCACCCUCCUCGGCGCGAAGCCCUCGGUCGCCGACAUUGCCAUCUACGCCAUCCUGGGCCCCGUCAUUGAGAAAUGGACCCCUGAAGAGCGCACCGGAGAAAAGGGCUACCACCACAUCGUGCGUCACAUCGACUUCGUACAGAACGGCCGUCUAUUCUCGCUCCAGAUCCCCGAGGAGGAGAAGAUCGCCAUCGACCUGAACGACGUCAAGUUCGUGCCCAAGCCCGUCGAUCCCAAGGAGGAGAAAGAGCGCAAGAAGCGCGAGAAAGCCAGCGCCCAAAACCCCGACGCCAACAACGAGUCCAAGCCCCUCGUCGUCGGCCAAGGCAAGGCCGAGCAAGCCGCCAAGGCCCAGACACAGGCCGGCGCCGACGCCGACGCCGCCCCCAGAAGGCUCCCAAGCCUGCUCCUGCUCCCGCUGCUCCCCCCCGCCCCAUCACUGAUUGACCUGCGUGUCGGACACAUCCUGCGCGCGAUCAACCACCCCAACGCGGACUCGCUGUUCGUCUCCACGAUCGACUGCGGUGACGCCCCAGGCAGCGACAACACCUCUCUCGAUGAGGAGACCGGCAAGACCGUGCGGACUGUGUGCUCCGGACUGAACGGACUCAUCCCGUUGGAGGAGAUGCAGGGCCGCAAGAUCGUUGCCGUGUGCAACUUGAAGCCUGUGACCAUGCGCGGCGUCAAGUCUUGCGCGAUGGUUCUCGCUGCGUCCCCGCGUGUUGCUGAAGGCGAGGACUCGCAUGCCGGCCCUGUCGAGCUUGUUAGCCCUCCUGCUGAUGCUCCUGCCGGUGAGCGGAUCAGCUUCGAGGGCUGGAAUGAUGGCCAGCCUGAGAAGCAGCUUAACCCUAAGAAGAAGGUCUGGGAGACUUUCCAGCCGGGUUUCACUACCACUGCGGAUCGUGAGGUUGCCUUUGAUAGCAGUGCUGUUCCCUCUGUCCACGGACAGGAGGGCAAGCCUGCUCUUGGAAAGCUGGUUGCUGCCUCUGGUGGUAUUUGCACUGUUAAGAGCUUGACUAAUGCUACUGUGCGGUAA